AUGUCUUGCUUGAAGGAAGAACGGGCGCCUAUACGACCUAUAAAAACAUUGGAUAUUAUAUUUCGACGCCGCUAUGUUCCAAAUACUCAGCACUACUUUACAAACAGAAUUAAGGCUAUUAAAAAGGAAGAAGGCAAAAUGAAACCGUCCCGUCCCUUCCGAGUCCCGAGAUCUGAAAAAUUACUUUCCUAUAUAAAAUACAGCGAUCGUAAUGAAAAGUUAAUCACGCGACGAAGACUGUCCCAACCACUACAUUUAAAAGAUAAUUUGAGAAUCGCAGCUACGAGAGAUAUCUCCGAACGACUAUAUCAAGAGGCACCACCGGACGAUAUUGAAACAGUCUUGAAAAUUCACCCAGAGUUUUAUACAGUCAUCGAAGGUCGACCUUUACGUGCUUUUGACGAUAUAAAAGUAUACGUCAGCAACAUUCGUAACUAUGCAAUGAAUCGCCAGCAAAUUGGCUACAGAAGGGAUUUAAUUCUAAAAAUAGAUCAAAGCUUAUCAGAAGAAACGGAACAAUAUGACAAAAUUGUCUUAAAAUUAAAACAGCAUAUAAAAAACUUUCAAAAGUUUUUAACCGAAGAUUACAAACAAGCAUGCAGUAAGGUAGCUAAAACUGAAAUGGUUUAUGGUGAGUUGGCAGCGAAGAAUUCGGAGUUCCUGGGAUACGUUUCGAAAAUCACUCUAUUAAACAAUAUUUUGUUUAAGUAUGACGCUAUUAGGAGUGUUUUAAAAACAUACAGAAGUUAUUUAAUCUUUGUUGCACCUCUUUCUUGGAGACAAAAAUAUGACGAGACUUUAAGAGAUAGAAUUCAAUCAAUACAAUUUGAAGAGGGUGAAUUCGCCACAGACAACGAUUUGGUUGAAACAAUGGACAUAGAUAAAAUGAUCGAAGUUGCUAAGCAGGAAUUACAGAACCCUCUUCCAGCUAGCAUGUACUUCAAACGCCCUGAGCAAAUGAUGUAUUUGUUCAGAAUAAUGGAAUUGCAAAGUAGGGAAUAUUUAAUACAACUUUCGAAAACUGAUGCGCCUUUUAGAAUCCUACAGGACCGUAUAAAACAAUUGAAACUAGUAACAAAACAGGAAUUAGAUCAUUUUCAAUAUUACAUAAAUUUCAUAAAUAACGAGAUAGCCCGAGAAAACUUUAAUGAGAAUUAUUUAAGAGACAAGUUUUUCCGGAUUCUGAGUACGACAUUCUAUGACAGUGUCGCUAGUCCGAGUACACUGAAAUUGCGCAUAUGCAUCGAGUAUGUAUAUGAACAAAUUUAUGGAAAAUGUGAAGAGGGGCAUCAGAGUAUACAAGAUCCAAUGAAAAUUCUAGAAGUUAUGUACGAAGACUAUAAUUUACGCCUCGACUCUCUCGACUUUAAGAUAGUCAAUCAAGCUCGUAGUGACUUCUUUGCUCAGGAUCUUAAGACAAUGACAAACGCAUACAAAGCGCAACGAGAGUUACGAGCAUUUAGGGAAAUGACAAACGCUAUGAACAAAGCCUUUUUACCACCGGCAAAAUACACUAGGCCGGUAUUCAAAAAGUUUUUGGACAGAAAAAGUAGAAUGGCAUUAGCGAUCCAGGAAAAAAGAAAGUCUCAACUCAUGAGCGGAGAGCGACCUAAACCUAAGAAGUAUAAAAUAACCCCUGAAGAAAAAGAAGGAUUACUUUUCUUCACUAAUUGGUGUGAAGGCACUAAUCCUGCUCCGUAUCUAGAAGAGUACUAUAAAUAUGUGAAAACUGCCUUUGAAUGGGUCCCUCGUAAAUCAGUAAUGCCUUAA